AUGGGGCGAACUAAGAAAACCGGGCGGGCAAAGAACCCUCCUUCCCGACCUUGUCCUCCUGCUUCGCCUUCUUCUCUGCCAUUGACCAGCGCUGCCGACGAAGCAGAGACGGUCGUCGAGUGUUUCUUCUCCCUCCUUGACGCCUCCGCCCACAGCCCGUCGGCGUUUACCGAAGACCUCAUCCACCUGUUCGAGAGUCCAGCGCGGCGGGAACCGUUGCUACGUUCGUGGAAAGCAUGGCGUGACAAGAAUAAUCGCACACUGCAGAAGAGUCUGCCAACUUCUGGGCCUCCGGCGCAGAAGGUUCAAUUUAGACGAGCACUCACGCCCGCACCCGCACUCACACCCGCACCCGCACCAGCACCAGCACCAGCAGUUGGUGUGUGGUGCCAGGGGCCGCCAGUCGCUCGUCUCGAGCAGGAGGAAGUGACAGAGGUCGAGGAGGUCUCUGAGCCGGUGCGCGGCCGGAAGAAGAGGGUGGUGGUGGCCUGGGGGUGA